UUUACGGUUGAUGUAUCAUUUAUAUCUGGCAAAACAAGCUUGUUAAUGCUGAAACUUUGAAAACAUUGUCCGAUUGAUUUCAAACAUGGUUUGUGAAUACCUUCCGUUGAAGGCACUGAUCUCCUUUGGAGUGGUUCUUUCAUUAUCCAUCCCAUGUUCGACAAACUCAAUGUCGGACCCAAGAGCAAGACCCUCGAAUGAUUCUGCAACAAACACACUGUGGACGUCCAGACCGGACUUGUUGGAGGGGGAUAUCAUACAGGAGGGAGGUACUAGUCGCGCUUCCGUCAACAAGAAAAUUUACUUGUGGCCCAGAGGGAUUGUCCCGUAUGUAAUGGACUCAGGAUUGACUGCUUUGGCCAGGCUAGCCAUAAGCAAAGCCAUGAGGAAAAUGGAAAGCCUUUCAUGUAUCAGUUUCAAACUCAGGACAAACGAACGUUACUUUGUCAGGUUUAUACGAGGAGCCGGCUGCUAUUCCUGCAUCGGUCGAACAAUGGAUACAAAUGGACAGGUAGUUUCCAUCGGAUUUGGCUGUGAGCAAGAAGGGAUUGUGCUACACGAGUUGAUGCAUACUGUGGGCUUCUUUCAUACAAACUCAAGACCUGACAGAGAUGCUUACGUUAUUGUGUAUUCAAAGAACAUCAGACCUGGUUUCGAACGUAACUUCAGAAAGUACAGCCAUGGCCAAGCGGAUCGCUUAGGAGCACCAUAUGACGUCACGUCAGUCAUGCACGUACCACGGAGAAGCUGGAGCCGCAAUGGGAAGAACACUAUUGAGUCGCGCGCUGGAGCCCACGUAGUUUUGGGUCAACAGAGAGGUCUAUCAGUUGUGGAUAAACAACAGCUUAAUCAGCUGUAUAACUGUGGCAGUAAUAAGGGCUGUUUUGUCGCUGUGGGUAUUGAGAAAGGUCAAAUACGCGACUCACAAUUGCGCGCAAGCUCCUACAAGAGAUACCAUGAGCCACACCAGGCGCGGUUACAUCUGACUGCGGGAUUCAAGGGGAAUGGUGCCUGGUGCGCUGCUCGAAGCAGAAGUGGAGAAUAUUUACAGAUUGACUUAGGUUCAAGACACAAAAUAACAGCAGUUGCAACACAAGGCAUGACAAGUCUUUUCUCGAAAGCCUGGGUAAAAGGGUACAGAGUUCAACGUAGUGACGAUGGCCGCCGCUGGGUCUCAAGCGCACAGAUCUUGAGGGGAAAUUGGGACGCAAACUCCGUGCAGUACAACGCCCUUCGAACACCGUUAAGUGGUCGAUAUGUACGGAUCGUCCCAGAUGAGUGGUACAAUCAGAUUUGUCUACGAGUCGAGCUUUAUGGGUGCAAAUAGACAAGAGUAAAGACCAAGCACAAAACGUUCUGAAUUCUCUCCCCAGACGAGAAGAGAACGCGAGAUGUAUCACGUACUGGAUAAUUUUAGAUUUUAACCAGCUUAUUUAUAAUUGGAAGUUAAGAGAAAAAUGGCAAGAGUUUUUUAAUUGUAACUGUUGGUUUAGUGUAAACAUAACGAAUUCCUAUAUUUUCAUUUGAGACAAUGAUAGAAAUUAAAAGCGGAUAUCAACGUU